AUGGUCGAACCAUACCGCUUGACAGCAAGCCAAGCUCUGGCAUUAAUGCAAAAAGGGGAGCUUUCAGUCGAAGACUACGCCAAAUCCCUCCUCGCUCGUAUCAAGGAGAGAGAUCACGUGGUCAAGGCAUGGGCGUAUCUCGACCCAGAGUUCGUUCUCGCUCAAGCCAGAGAUCUAGAUCAGAUCCCUCCUGAAAAACGAGGUCCGCUCCAUGGUAUAUCUGUCGGUGUUAAGGAUGUGAUCCUUACCAAGGAUAUGCCGACAUGCCACAAUUCGGAUAUAUACAGGAAUGGGCCAGCGCCACUUGUUGAUGCUGCCCCUAUUAUCACGCUCCGAGCAUCUGGGGCCCUCAUUAUGGGCAAGACAACGACCACCGAGUUCGCAGCUGUUGUCGAUGGAGGUCCUUCGACAAAUCCCCAUGAUUCCACACGAACACCUGGUGGAUCAUCCUCUGGGUCAGGUGCUGCGGUCGGAGACUAUCAGGUUGCCAUUGCACUCGGGACACAGACUGCAGGUUCAACCAUUCGUCCUGGCUCCUUUAACAGCAUUUACGCUCUCAAGCCAACAUGGGGAGCCAUCUCACGAGAAGGAUUAGCGCAGUACUCGAUGACCUGUGAUACUCUAGGUCUGUACGCGCGCUCAGUCGAAGACUUAGAGCUCCUCUCCAAGGUCUUCAAGCUCGAGGAUGAUGAGCCUGUUCCUGCGGCGCCAUUCCCGGUAAAAGGUGCCAAAGUAGCAUUUUGCAAGACACACGUCUGGCCAAAAGCCGGACCUGGAACCAAAGCUGCAUGGGAAAAGGCCCAGGAGCUGCUGAAAAAAGCCGGUGCAAACGUGGAAGAGCUCGAGCUUCCGGCAGAGUUCGAGAAAAUCACGGAGUGGCAUGCUAAUGUACUAGCUGGCGAAGGUCGCACGUCUUUUCUGGGCAAUUAUUUACUAGCAAAAGACAAACUGAAUAAAUCAAUGGCUGAUCAGGUCGAGAACACAACUAAGCUGAGCAGGAAGGCACAGCUUGAGAGCUACGAUGGGUGCGCACGUCUUCGACCAGUUUGGGAUGAAAUUGCAAGUAAAUAUGAUGCUGUCAUCACGCCCAGCGCGGUUGACGAGGCACCCGUGGGGCUUGCAAGGACUGGAGAUCCUUCUUUCUGUUCCAUGUGGACAAUACUUCAGGUUCCGUGUCUCAAUAUCCCCGGAUUUGCGGGAGAGAAUGGUUUGCCAAUUGGAUUGACUCUAGUCGGGCCUCGUUAUCACGAUUUGCAUGUCCUUCAUGUCGGUAAGGCCUUUGGGAAGAUUUUCGAGGCCGAGGGUGGGUUCCAAUUGAAGCUUUUUUAG